UGAGCGUGGAGACGGAGGGGCGGGGCUCUUAGCAGUCCAACGAACUUCUAUCAGGAAUGGCAUCAGUUCCACUACUCAUUCGAGCUCAUACCAGUCAAACGCAAGCUGUGUCGUGGCAUCCCUCUACAGGCGUUCCAAUAACAUUAAGGGCUGCGGAUUAAGGGAGACUAGAUGUCGACUUGCCGAAAAGGGGGAGCGGAAGCUGAGCCAGUCUCAGCCUGGCCAGAGCCGCGCUUUGGAGCCAGCUUCCCCCGGAGACGGAUGAAAUGGACAAGGCGCUAUUGUGAGGAACCCCACGACAGCCCGAAGUUGAACACGGUUACAGCCAGACUGGGACGGCAGAAUUGAUACGGGCUUGGAACCUGUCGAUGGAUUACCUCUCUGGAACUUGCUUGUUACUGAGUCACAACACUACGAUCCAAAUAUAUAUUCUACACUAUGGUGGGAACACUUCGCGGUGCCGGCAUUUCGCCGGCUCCGGCUAUUCAGGAAGAGAUUUUCUAUUGAAGAAAUUUUCUGUUGAAUCGGCCGGCGGGAGAUUCCUCGUUUGUGUUCGCCAAAUUAUCCCCCCCCCCAGUUGUCGGACCGAAAGGUUCGGGGCGAGCCGUUCGUUGGGGAGGAAUAAUUUUAGCACCGUUCCGUCCGUUUGCCAAACCUCGAUGACCGGAGGAAUAUGCCUCGGCCGCUAUUCCACCUAGUCUAUGGCCACAUUGCUACUAAGGCCCUUUCACAUUAGGGCUUGGAAAUUGGUUUCUAGAUGGCUUAGGAGUUUUGAUUGCUCGGUUACUCCAUUCUCUUUAGUCCUAUACGGUUCAGUUUGUUGAUAUCUAUAUAAUCCAGUAGGGGUUUCAAAUAUCCCGAACUUCAGCUUCUAUAAUAGAGAUGUUGGGAGCACCUUGCUUCCUUUCCUA